AACAACAACUAAUAAUAUUGUGAUUUAAUAUUAUUAUUAUUUAUCACUUGUCAAAAUGGCAGAUGUGCGAGAUAUCCUGGAAUUGGAACGAAUUUCUACUCCGGAAAUAACUAUUGACAGUAUUAUAAAUAAUGAUAAAAAAAUAAAAAAGUAUCCACAACCUAAGGCUGUAAAGCGGCCAGAGGGAAUGCAUAGAGAAGUAUUUGCAUUACUAUAUAAUGAUAAUAAAGAUGCGCCGCCUCUUCUACCAACAGAAACAGGAUGUGGUUACAAACAAACUAAGGCCCGUUUGGGUAUGCGCAAAACACGGCCAUGGAGAUGGAUACCUUUUACUAAUCCGGCAAGAACAGAUGGAGCAGUGUUUCAUCAUUGGAGGAGGGUGACUGAUGAACCUAAAGAAUACCCUUUUGCAAAAUUUAACAAGCAAUUGAAUAUUCCUACCUAUACUGAUGAAGAGUUUCAGACACACUUAAAAGGAAUUUCCAAUUGGGAAAAGCCACAAACUGAUCAUUUAUUUGAUUUAGCAAAACGCUUUGAUUUGAGGUUUGUGAUUAUGGCAGAUAGAUGGGACAAAGAAGCCCACGGCUCAAAAACUGUUGAAGAUCUAAAAGAACGGUACUAUGAAGUCUGUGGAAUCCUAACUAAGCUUAAAGGUGAGAAAAAAGUUUACGUAUAUGAUGCUGAUCAUGAGCGCAAAAGGAAAGAACAGUUGAGACGUUUAUUUGACCGGACUGAAGAACAGAUAAAAGAAGAAGAAACAUUAAUGAAUGAAAUGAAGAAAAUUGAAGUUCGUAAAAAAGAGAGGGAUCGUAAAACACAAGAUCUACAAAAACUAAUUUCACAGGCUGAUCAGCAAUCCGAGAAUGCAGUUAAUAACAAUGCAAGUUCAUCUAGUAACAGAAAACAAGAUAGAAAAAUAACUAAGAAACGCGUGCAGCCUCCUUCACGACCUAGUCGGACGGAUCCAACCGUGCUGGAAUCGGCUGGAAUUAAGUUUCCUGAUCUGCGUGGCAGUGGUGUAUCCCUACGUUCGCACCGAAUGAAAUUACCUGCAAGUGUAGGACAAAAAAAAAGCAAAGCAAUUGAAGGUCUCCUACAAGAAUAUAAUGUAGAAAAUGCACCAAUGCCUACAGAGGAAAUAUGCACCCAUUUUAAUGAACUACGUUCAGACAUGGUGCUAUUGUGUGAAUUGAGGUCUGCAUUUGCAAAUUGCGAGUUUGAACUACAAGCACUUAGGCACCAAUAUGAAGUUUUGUGUCCUGGAAUGACACUUUCAAUACCUGAUAUUUUAGUGCCCAAUGAAGCUGAGAACAAAAAUCAACUAAACAAUGCAGCAAUUAAGACAAGUAAUUUACAACCAGUAAGUUCAGCAGAAACAGUUGAAACACAAAAUAUAACUACAGCUCAUUAAAUUCUUCUAGAAAUUGAAAAAUUAUGUUCUGUAAACUUUUUAAUAA